AAGGCUUGUAUGCGGAAGCGGGAGCUCACUUCCGGUUUGUGCGCUGAGGAGGGAGCUGUUGGAGCGCUCCGAGCCCGGCCGGCACCAUGCCCCGCAAGAUUGAGGAGAUCAAAGACUUCCUGCUGACAGCGCGGAGGAAGGACGCCAAGUCCGUCAAGAUCAAGAAGAACAAGGACAAUGUGAAGUUCAAGGUGCGCUGCAGCCGGUACCUCUACACCCUGGUCAUCACGGACAAGGAGAAGGCCGAGAAGCUGAAGCAGUCGCUGCCCCCAGGUUUGGCUGUCAAGGAGCUGAAAUGAGCCAAUAAAUGAGAGUUUUGUUGUUUGUUACAAUAAAUAAACGUGACUGUUCCCCA